CUCUGUUCCUUGGCAAGAGUCGAACAAGAUCCGGUGGAGGAAAACCGAGGGCUUAUCAGUCGCACUCCUGCCGACUGUUCUCGUCCGACGCCCCCACUUGGAGUGUCUUUCCUCUGCCUCGUUCUCGCUCUCUCGCUCUCUCUUUUCCCCCCAAAUGUCACUGACUCAUUAGUUUUAGUUGCUCAUAAUUAUCGCGUGCGUUUCAGAUUUUAAUUUCCGCUAAGCUUUAUCUUGCAACUCCCAACGUCAAUCACUCCCAAAAAAUUGCCAUCUUCCAUUCCCAGCAUUUGUGCUCAUUUCGUUGCUUUCCAUGUCUGCUGCGCUACAAUUUGAAAUCGCUCAGUGUUGAUUAUUUUGGGAACAAUUCUCUGCUUGGUAUCCUGUCGCAUUGAUUACUAGUUCUUAUACCUUCUCUUACUGGUUUCGAGAGCACGAGCGCAAGGUCCAAGGGCCAGUUUGUCGAUUUAUUAUAUAGAAGCUGCAGCGCAUUCCAGCGCGCUCUAUCUUAUUUCUUCCCUCACAUUGCUCCUCCACCACAGCCAUAUAAUAAGAUUAGGAGGUCUAUAUCGGCUGAAACGACUGUACUCGGUCCAGCUGUGGAGAGCUCUUCCACCUCUGGGUCACGGACCGACUUCUAAUAGACGCCACGAAAAGCAUGUCCUCCCCAAAGAAUUCUUCAUCAGAUCCCCCGGCAGGCCCCAGGGAUAGCAAAGAGGGGCCUACCUCUACAUAUGCGCAAUCCUACGCAGUAUCAGGCUCGUCCGAGGACACAGUUGGUCAAGUGGAUGCCCUGGCGCAUAUCCCUACGCGCGCCUCUCGGGCCUCGGUACCCUCUCUAGCCCAGAGAGUCACAUCUAUAGGGACGACUGGUACCUCUGACCCGAACUAUGAAGUCGACUGGGACGAUGAGUUCGACACAAAUAAUCCGAAGAACUGGUCGUUCCCCUACAAAGCUAUGGGAAUCGCCAUCCUAUCAUACAACACUUUGAUUAUCGUAUUAUAUUCAACAUCGUACACCUCGGGAGAGUCGCAGAUUGCAGCUGAAUUCGGGACUUCCACCACCAUCGUUACGUUGGGAUUGACUUUGUACCUCAUCGGUCUGGCUGUGGGAUCCAUGUUUAUGGCGCCAUUGAGCGAAUUGUACGGCCGGAAGCCGGUCUGCAUAGCCUGCUUGUUCAUCUUCACGGUUUUGAUCAUACCUUGCGCGCUCGCCAAAAACCUUGCUACCCUGCUGGUUGUGCGCUUCAUCGCAGCUUUGUUCGGAAGUGUAAUGAUCUCCACUGCGCCGGGAAUGGUUGCGGACAUAGUCGAAGAUGACCAGCGCGCGCUGGCCAUGUCGGUCUGGAGUCUUGGGCCCGUGAAUGGCCCAGUUCUCGGGCCUAUUAUCGGAGGCUUCGUCACCCAGUACCUGGGCUGGCGGUGGAUGGAUUGGAUCGCUCUAAUAUUGUCUGGGGUCGCAUUGGUCCUUUCAUGUAUCAUGAAGGAGACCUAUGGCCCCAUAAUCCUACAAAAGAAAGCCGCCCGCAUGCGGAAAGAAACGGGCGAUUCACGAUGGUGGUGUCGAUACGAACAGAAGGCUAGUCUGAGUGAACUACUCAAGAUAAACCUCGGCCGUCCGUUUGUCAUGGCAGUCACUGAACCUAUUUGUAUAUUUUGGAAUAUCUACAUUGCCAUCGUGUAUGGCAUCCUCUACCUGUGCUUCACAGCCUACCCUAUCGUUUUUCGGGAUAUUCGGGGUUGGUCACUUGGUCUCUCCGGUCUCGCAUUCCUGGGUAUCGGAACUGGAUGUGUGAUCACCAUCUCCAGCGAACCUUUGAUCCGCCGUCUGAUCAAUAGCCAUAAACCGGACCCCGAAACGGGAAAGCCACCCCCGGAGGCAAUGGUGGCUUUCGUAUGUAUCUGCGCGCUCCUGAUUCCAGCUGGAGAAUUGUGGUUCGCCUGGACCUGUUCGCCCGCCUCGAUACCCUGGAUUGUACCGAUUCUCGCCGGUGUACUCUUCGGUACAGGCAACACGGGCGUCUUCAUCUACGCGACCAACUACCUGGCUGGUAGUUACGGGGUGUAUGCAGCGUCCGCGCUGGCAGGGAAUUCGGUGAUCCGCAGUAUCCUAGGUGGUGUCUUACCCCUUGUUGGAACGUAUAUGUAUGCCGGUAUUGGUCCCAAUUGGUCUGGGACGCUUUUGGGCUUGCUCGAGGUGGCUAUCGUUCCGAUCCCAUUCAUUUUCUACAAGUAUGGGUACAAAAUCAGGGAGAAGAGCGUGCUCAUCCGGCGGAUGCAGGAGGAUAAGCAGCGAUUGGCGGGAAAGCGCCAACGCCAAACACAGCAGGUGCCAAAUCUCGAGAAGACGGAGGAGGAGACGAUGGAGGUAUAAGAAGGUGUAUGGUUGAACCUGGUAACAGUGAAUAAUCGACAAUAAGUGCAGGAAUACAUGAGUCCUUGCACAGAAAAGCAUCCUUGCACAGUAGGAGUUUGGAUUGGAAGCCUGACUUUUCACUCGAAGGAAAUAUUUGUCCGGGUAAACUGGGUAUAUAUCUAGCAAUUUAGUCUUUCAAUACACCUUUUCUUCAAUUUGUGGUUCUCUCAUUAGCUUAUUCCUAGACAUUUGGCUGAUAACUCGAGC